AUGAUACGACAGGGUCUCAAGCUUCUACCAAGCUGGUCGCCAUGUCUGAGAGUCAACAUGUUCAGAACUAUCACCAGUGGGGAACACUUCCAUAUCGCAACGCAACCACAGACGCAGACAUCAAACACAACAAAUUCUAGAAAUAAACAGAUCCACGGAGAAAACCCACACAUGAAUGUCUCAGGAUCAGCUUAUGCGAAAAGAAAGAGAUUGAGCUCGUAUUCUGCUUGGCUCUCCAGAUACCCCAUGAUACUAGUGUUGGAAAAAGCUCCGGGGAUAGAAACAGAUUUGAAUUGGCAAAAGCUAAAGCAGAAACUAGAAGACCACAACGACGAGUAUAACCAGUCUCUGGGAACAGACUUAAACACAACAGAUCCAAAUUUGCGCUACAUACUGUACGAUCACUAUGUCUUCCCUCAUGCUGCAGAGAUGAAGAACGCGAUCUCCAAAGGUGAAAGUUCUCCUUCCCACACGUUCGAUUGGAUGGGUACUGAAAGGCAUGCGGUAAAGUAUGCUGUUGCUCUUACGUCCGAGGCUUUGCGUUCAGAGUUCGACGUUUUGGAGUUUUGGGACGGUCAGUCUGCAAAUUUCAGAAUUGAUGGAGUGUUACUAUCUCCCUUGCGCGACCCCGAAUUCUUCAAUCAGGCUCUCAAAUCUCAUCGGAAAGAGCCUCACGAGUUGGAAAACAUGAUCGAUAACUUCAAGACAUUAACUGAAAUCUCUUCCUCCACGAUAAGUACUGUGUUUUCCAAGCUGGCAUCAGAGGGAUUUGUCAAGGUGAAGCGAGGCCCCAAUGACUAUGUAUUCUUGCUUAAGGAUGCAUCAAAAUAG